UUGCGUCUUUGUCGUUGAUUUUUAUUUUUUAAGAAUAAUUACAGCAAGAGUAGGAGGAAGGGGGGGGAGGGCGGGGGGGUGAAGGAGGAGGAACGGGAAGAGGAGGAGGAGGAGGAGGAGGAGGAGCUAACUCGACUAAAUGGCAGCGACCUCCGUAUCAUUAGCUUCUUGCUAUGUUGGAUCGGGAUCGGGAUCGGGAUCCAUCCGCGUGCAAGACGAGGCUGUGUCGCCGACAGGAAGGAGUGUCCCGACUCACUUUGUCUAUCCAUUCCGAUCCCGAUCGUUAUCGGUCGCGAUCCCGAACUUCGUCGAUCGCGGCAGCUCCGUCAUCUUGAAGCGAUACUCAUCUAACGGUUCGUGUGAGUUGAUUGGUUUGGGAGGUUUGGGGCUUGGAGAGGAGAGGAGGAGGAGGAGGAGGAGGAGCCGGAUUGGGAUUGGACAAAAAGGCGGGAAGCUGGGCGGGAUGGCGGGAAACGAAGGGGCUUGGUGGCCGACGACAUCAUGCAGUUCCGCGUCGCCGAGCGGACGUGGGCGCUUGGCGCGCUCUGCGGCGGCCGCCGCCGAGAGCGCUACCGGUAGUGCGCCGCCGGCUCUGGAACGGCAGUCGGCGGUGUCCAAUGAGGCAAAGGGGAAAUCGACGGUCCUGAUGAAAGUUGGAGGAUCAGCGAUGGCGACGGCGGAGGGAAUGAAGAAGAUGGUGGAUCUGGUGACGUCUUCCAAAGAAGGGUGGCCCAUCAUAGUGGUGACAGCAAUGGGAGAGACGAUAGACAACCUGCUGAAGGCAGGAACUCGAGCGUUGGAAUUUGAAGCAGGAAAUGUCGAGGAUCUACAUGAAUUGAACCUGGUCUCGAAUUUGUACCUGAGGGACAUGGCUGCAACAGUCAUAGCAGAUGCACUGGGGCUGAAGGAAAUCCAGGUCUGGGAGGGCGUCGAUGGUGUCAACAAGAGUACGCCUCAGUUGGUUGCCGCUAAACCUGCCGUGCAUUCUCAGAGAGUUGUGCAUUUCGACAAAUAUCAUGGACUCGGGAACGACUUCCUCCUGAUGUGUGGGAAUGGAAUACGCUGUAUGGCCAAAUUCGUCCACGGUCUAAAGACGACAAAGAAGUCCGAAAGAUAUGUGAUCGAUACGCUGGCAGGUCUAAUCAUCCCAGUCCUCCAAGAAGAUGGGCAGGUGCAACAUUGGCAUGCGGGACAGGAGCUUGUGCGCUGGUUGUUGCCGCGGUCUUGGAGGGACGUGCAGACAGAAAAUGCAGAGUCGACCUUCCAGGAGGACCUCUGGAUAUCGAAUGGAGUGAGGAAGAUAACCAUGUGUACAUGACUGGACCCGCUGUGAAGGUCUACGAAGGCAAAGCAUAUUUAUAGUCUCUGCUGGACUUGAACCCUUGAUCAUCCGUGGAAGAAAGAGAGAAGUCUUGCCAUUCCAUCCCUUUUGUGAUUAGGAAUAUAUAUCUAUAUAUAUAUGUAUAUCGUCAAUCCCUCGCUGCCUACGUUUUUUUUCUGGCAGCUCUGUUUGACGAUAUAUGAUGAGUCAGUCGGUGGAACUCCGACGAAACAGUUUGCCACAGCCCCUUGUUUGUUGUCCUCUUCUCUCUUUCUCCCUCUCUGCCUACGGUUUACCGGGCAGCUCUGUUUGACGAUGUAUAUAAUUAUUAUAAUAUAUAAUUAUUAUAAUAUAUAAUUAUAAUAUAUAAUAUGGAUGUGUGUUUACUACUCGUUAGACUCUUUAGUUUAGUUUAUAUUAUAUAUAUAGUAUAUAUAUAGUAUAUACUAGUUUAUAGUCUUUUAUAGUCUUAAGAACUUGGGAAUAUAUAUAUACCCUCGUUUGUUGUCCUCUUCACCCUCUCUGCCUACGGUUUGCCGGGCAGUUCUAUUUGACGAUAUAUAUAUAUGUCUUCUUACUUCCGUCAUCAGGAAUAUAUCUGUUUGUCUGUCUGUCUGUCUUUCUUUUUCUUCUUAAUUUGGAAGUUCUGGAGAGAAUUUUGGACCAUACGCCCAGUAAUUAUCGCUGUAUCUGGACUGGAAGUUGACCCCGAAUACAGCUAUAAUGACCGGGCGUUCUAUUUGGAUGAAGACGGUCGUGGGUUUAAGAGAAUUGGCCCGGUUCAAAUCCGUGUGUGCGCGCAGGAGCUGUCUGAGGCCAGAACGUACCGACUAGAAAACCGCGGUUACAAACUGGAACCGAAUGUGAUCCUGCUUCUCCAAUUUUGUUAGGUCUCCCUCCCCGCCCGCUCUCCUCCUCGCUUUCUCUUUCCGUGCCAUUUCACUCCUCAAAAGUUUCAUCGUAGUUCUUUGCACUUUUUUCUGCCUGCUGCGUUUAGUUACAAUGCUUAAAAGUUUUAUUCAGUUUGUUUUGUUUUUUUUUUUGCCCUCAUCCUGCUAUUUUUCUAAUAGCAUCCCCUUUUCUUCCGUCUGUUUUUCAUCUUUUUCUUUACUUCAAUAUUUCCUUUCAUCGAAUCUUCGGUUAAUCUGUGCAAGCGGGACCUUACGCAAGGCGAUUUUUUUUUUUACUGCCUUCAUUGCUUCCUACAGCGUUUUGCAACCACUUG